AUGGCUAAUAACUUUUUCCUUUUAUUUGUAUUUGUUUUUGCUAGUCAAGUGAUUGGCGGAUUGAAUACAAAGCUACCACCUCCUUCCUAUGGAAAUACAGUAAGCAUUCUUAGUAUUGAUGGAGGUGGGAUUAAGGGAAUUCUUCCAACUGUUAUUCUUGAGUACUUGGAAAAUGCUCUUCAGAGUGUGUCAAGAGAUGAAAAGGCAGCACUAGCAGACUAUUUUGAUGUGAUAGCAGGAACAAGUACAGGAGGAAUCAUUACUGGAUUGCUAACUACUCCUAACCCUAAUGACACUUCACGUCCUUUAUUUACUACUAAACAAAUCUUACAAUUCUACUUGGAAUUUGGUCCUUCUAUAUUCAACCAAACUGAUGCUAUUGGUUGGGAUAAUGAUACUCCACAUGCCAAGUUUGACGGCAAGUUCUUACUGUUAAGAAACAAGAUACAUAUAUGGAAUAAGGUUUGA